AUGGCGACGAAAUUGAACGAGGACGCCGUGCGCGCGGACGCGGACGCGAAAAUGAAAUCAGACAGGAUUGAAACGCUCGCGAGAGAACGCCAACGCGAGGAAGCGAACGCGAGCGACGACGAAGACGAGGACGAAGACGAAGGGUUUCGAAUGAAGCGAAAAGAAGAGGAUGCGGCGGUACCGGCGUACACGUGGACGGCGACGCUGCGACGACGGGUGCGAGAACUCGAGGAGGGCGCUGACGUCGAGGCGCGAGAGGCGGGGAGGCUUCGGUUGGACGAGGCGCUCGGCGCCGCCGACGACGAAGACGCCGGUGAUGUCAGCACGUUUGUGAAUGGCGCUCCGACAGUGAUUACUAAAAUGAAGAGUCGAAUCAAUUCGAUGAAUGCGCCGACGGGCCCGACCGGUGUGCUGGUGAAGACCGCGCACGCAGAGGAUAAGCCGAUGCAGCAAGUCGUGGAAGACUCGUACUACAAAGCUGUCAUGAGCGAAAAGCUCCCGGCGUACAAAGCACCGCGCCGACACAUCGCGCGAUUGGAGAAUCUUGAGUCUGCGGUUUUAGACAAAGAGGGCAACCAGCUUCCUUUGUGGAAAUCGACGAGCGACGAUCUCGACGUUCUCGGCCCGGGUAUCAGCUUGUGGUUCGCUCAGUUGAAGACGUUGGGUAAAACGUUUGUCUACAUCACAAUGCUCGCGUCUGUCGCGCUCUCGCACUAUGUGUAUAUCGCCAAUAAAAGUAGUAGCGUCGAGGUAGAGCCGGAAAUAACGACGACACUCGGUGUCACGGCGGCGGGCGUUUAUGCUUCGGCGUAUGGUAUAGAUAUUCGUACCAUCAUGGCUGUUCUCUCGUGCUUGGACGUUUGCAUGGUUUUGAUGUUCAUGCUCAUAACGGCGAUUUUAUCCAGACGUAUUCGAAGCUUUGUCGUCCGCGUUGAUGAAGCUUUACUCACUUUGGCGGACUAUUCGCUCCAAGUGACCGGCUUGCCAGUAGACGCGACGGAGGACGAAGUGCGCGAGCACUUUGAAGAAUUCGGACCCGUGGCAGAUGUCGUCAUAGCUCGUUCGUAUGGUGCAGUUUUACGCGCGCGAAUACAUCGUGCGCGCUUAUUUAAACGUGCAGAACAGCUGAAAUCUGAACUGAGCGCGAUCCGUCACACGCUGAAGAAGCGCGGCGAGGAUUACAACGCAAACUACGCCUUCAAACGCAAAUGGAAACAAUUUUACAAAGCACGCGAUAAGAUGAACGCCUUGAAGGAAAAAAUCGAGCAGCGUAUGCUCGAGCCUUUUAACAUCGUUUACGCUUUCAUCACGUUUGAACAAGAGUCGGACAAAAUGACAUGUCUGGACGAGUACGCUCCGUACUUUAAUUUUUUCAGAAGUAAGCGAACGAGAUUUCGCGUCCACCCUCGCGAAGACGGCAAGGGCGACGCAUUUCACUACUUGCGGGUUACCCAAGCCGUGGAAGCCUCUGAUAUCAUGUGGGAAAAUAUGGCUAACGUGGGUUGGAAACAAUACUUCGUACGACGGGCGAUUACAACGAUUGCUAUCCUUGGUCUUCUCAUCGGCAACAUUAUCCUUGUCGUUUUUGCCACCGACUGGGUAAAAUCCGGCGGGCGAUUACUCGUCAACUGUGGCGACUUGUUCGCCUCGGGGGCUUCUGAUAACAUGUACUGCCCUGCGAUCUGGAACAUCAACGAAAACAGUCUCGAAACCGAUUUGGGAUUGAUUUCGAACGUCAACUUCCGAAAACAAGUCGAGAGCUCAGACUGCAACCCAUUCAUCGAGUCGGCAAUGUGGUCGUAUGACAUGACGCAAUACUCGCCAUAUUACGAAGCCGUGGGCGCGUACUCUUCAUUAAGCGUCUCUAGCGCUAACGCUUAUGGAUAUUCUGGUGGAGUAUGGAAUGGAGGCAUGGACGCCUCUACGAAGGCCGAUGAGUGUGCGGCGAAAAUUUGUUAUGACUGCAUGUGUGAGAGCGCGAUACGGUCGGGACGCGUGACAACCAUCUGCAAAGACUACUUUUACGAUCAACUACUAAUCUUUGGUUUCGAAGUCGGUCGGCUGUCCGUCGUCGCAUUGACGUCUAUGCUCUUGUUGUGGACGUCGGGAAAGUUUGCGCUCUUCGAGCGCCACAAGACUGUAUCUGCCACGGAAAGAACGACGAGUCGUUUUGCGUUCUUCACCCUCAUCACGAACGCCCUGAUUCUUCCGUUACUCGUUAACAUCGAAAUCAAGGGUUUCUCAGGCUUCCCAAUCUUGUUCAGAGGAAGCUACGAAGACGUGACGUUGGACUGGUACGCGCUCGUGAUGAGAUCGCUCAUGAUUACUACAUUCAUCAACGCCUCGUGGUUUGGACCGUCGCGUCUUGUGCAAAUGUGGCUCACGCAACUCUGGCGUUAUUGGACGGCGCGAUGGUGCACCACGCAGUACAACUUGAAUCGUCUUUAUCAACGACCAAAAUUUACGCUCGCUGAACGUUACGGUCAGUGUAUGACGGUGAUAUUUACCGCAAUCGUUCUCUUCGCGGCCGCUCCAGUGCUCGUUCCGGUGGCGGCGUUCUAUUGCUUCUUGGCGUACUGGAGCGACAAGACGAUGAUUUUACGUCACUCGCGCUACCCUUCGCUGUAUGAUCACAAGUUGGCGAGACAGUUUAUGUCGUACGCCCCGCUGGCGUGCUUGGCGCACUUCGCCUUCUCAUCUUGGGCGUUCUCUCAGUGGGACAUACCGUCCUACUUUCUCACUGGGUUGGACGGGUGGGCCGAGGAAAUUUACGACCAACGCGACUCCGAUUUCUGGACCGUUAGAGCGAAUAUGACCAAGUACGAACAGCUCGACUUCAAAGAGCGAUUCUAUCGCGUCAAUGGAUUGAUCCAAUUGAUCCCACUCAUGGCGUACUUUAUCUACUUGCUCAUCAAAGCCUUCUUCUCGAGCGUCGGUAAUACGGCGCUCUACUUGCUCGGCUGUAAAGGCUUGGGAGCGAGCGAAUGGAAGGCUGACGUGCAAUUCAGCAACUUCUCUGAAGCUCGAGACAACAUGUUAAAGGAUGGUGAUCAUGAAACUUCACUCUCUGGUUUGCCGAGUUACCGCGUGCAGGACAAUCCGGAAUACACGGCGUUAUUCCCAGAGGCGAAACAGGUGCACGGCGCGUUCAUCAGUCACGACGACGCCGAGCGCGCGACCGACGCCCCCGCGCCGGCUUCGACGCCCAAAUGGGCCAAUCGAGUCGCAUCACCCCGCAAGUGA